CACGACUCGACGUCAGAUCUCAAUACGUGACCUUCCAAACAACGACUCAACCAAUCAUACACACAUAUCCGACUCACAGUCGGACUGUACGAUCCAAAGUCUUGCUUUGGGCUUUAUAUUCCAGUGUUGGUCAUCUCAAUCACGAUGGCGGCGCGUAGCCGACCGCGCGCGGGCCAGGCGAAAGACGAUGCCGACGAGGAAAGGAGUUUGUGGAAUCAGGUUCGAGAAAAUGCUAGGAAGGGCGACAGUCUCAUGGCUGAAUCGAAUGCCAUAUCCCGACGCAUAGCGAAUCUCGCAGAGAAGCAGAGUGCCGCAGAAGAACGUGGCGAUAUACCAUCCUCAAGAACAGACCUUGAGAUCACCGACUUACUCCGUCAAAACAUAUCAAUCAUCGAGAAGCUCCAGUCCCUCGUUGGUGGUGAUGAUUCUGAUCCAUCUGAUGACCUUCCAAUCCUGAACUCACUUUCUAUCCUCGCAGCUCUACGUGGUGCAAACGAGCUCGAUGCCCCACCCAUGAAAGUAUCUACUUCAAGCUCUGGCAAGGCCGGGCGUGACCGCAUCAAACGUGCCAAACAUGAGCACUCAGCGAGCGAUGACCGUGACAGUCUUGCUGCUGACUCACCGGGUGGUCCAAGUCCGAAAGUAAUCAUUACCCACAAAGGGGAUAGAUUCAAGGGAGGGAGCAGUCGGGCGGGAAGUGUGCCUGUAGUGCGCGAGCCAAGCGUGAAGACGGAAGAUAUAGACGAGCGUGAAAGCUUGAAAGCAACGACACCUAGCACACCCACACUCUCAUCUGGCUCUCUCGAUGCACCACGUCCUAAGCUUCACCGCGGUACCGAGGUAUUCUACCGCAACAAGGCGAAAGCCGUUGAAGGCGAAGGCAUACUAUGCAGUGUCACUGCUGUGAUAGGCGAUGGUAAGCAGCGACGGUACGAGAUCAUCGACGCAGACCCGGAACCUCCGACACCUCCGCAACCAUAUAGGGCGUCUGUGAACCACCUCGUGCCGAUACAGCCCGACAAUAAAGGACUCGGGAAGCUGGGUGCUGGAGCAGCAGUGCUUGCACUGUACCCACAGACAACAACUUUCUAUAAAGCUGAGGUAGUGAGCAUGGAAGGGGAGGUUGUGACGUUGAAGUUUGAGGGCGAGGAGGAGAAAGAUCGCGAGAUGGCUGUGGAAAGGAGGUAUGUAUUACCAGAUACCGGAAAGUAAAUUUUGCAUAUUUAGCUUAUAUCGAAUAUUCGAUGC